GCGCCACCGCGGGUCCCCCGCGCCCUGGCGUCCCGUCUGCCAGUCAGCCUGAUGGCGGCGGCGCGGGGGCAGGCCCGGCGGGCGAGCGGCUGCCCCGCCACCAUCGCCCGGCGCGGCUGAUGGUGAUGUGAAAAGUGUAGCCAAGCUCAUCUCUGCCUAGGAGACAUUCUCCCCUGAGGAGCAGUCCCCUUUUGCUGGACAUGCUUACAGAACUGUACAGCCAUGGACCUCAAGGAGAAGUGUCAAGAUGAGAUGACCUCAAGUUUGGGCCUUACCACAAAGAAAGCCCUCACGAUCCUGAGAGACCAGUUGUCAGCACUGCUGGAGGGGCACCAGAAGGAACGGAAGAAAGUGACUUCAUGGAAGGAGGUGUGGAGGAGCAGUUUUCUGUACCAUGGUAACCGUUGCUCCUGUUUCCACUGGCCUGGUGCAUCUCUGAUGCUUCUGGCAGUGCUGUUGCUGCUGUGCUGCUAUGGGAGCCAGCCACAGGGGAGCCAAGGUGCUGAGAUAGUUAAUGCACUGGCACUCUUUUUCCUUCUCCUCUUGGAUCUCUUCAUGAUUGGGCGUCAAGAGAGGCUGAAGUGCCGAGAGGUGGAGAGGAGACUUCAGACAAUCAUUGAUAAGAUAAAUGAUACACUUGGCAAAGAGGUGAAAUGGCCAGACUCCAUGUACCCUGACCUCCACAUGCCUUAUGCCCCAUCCUGGUCCCUUCAUUGGGCCUACAGGGAUGGUCAUCUUGUCAAUCUGCCUGUGAGCCUUUUAGUAGAGGGAGAUGUCAUUGCUUUGAGGCCAGGCCAGGAGUCGUUUGCUUCUCUGAGAGGGAUUAAGGAUGAUGAGCAUAUUGUUCUGGAGCCAGGAGAUCUGUUUCCACCUUUUUCACCUCCUCCCUCCCCAAGAGGAGAAGUGAAGAAAGGACCUCAGAACCCUCAGCUGUACCGUCUCUUCCGUGUCUUGAAGACCCCAAUAAUUGAUAAUGUCAGGUGGUGUCUGGAAAUGGCUUUGUCACGUCCUGUGACAGCUCUGGAUAAUGAGAGAUUCACUGUACAGUCAGUGAUGCUGAAAUAUGCUGUCCCUAUUGUACUGGCUGGCUUCCUCAUCACCAAUGCCGUGCGCUUCAUUUUCAAAGCCCCUGGAAUUGCUUCUUGGCAGUACAGUCUUCUUCAGCUACAGGUGAAUGGUGUCCUACCCAUCCUUCCGUUGCUCUUUCCUGUCCUGUGGGUUCUCGCUACGGCCUUUGGAGAAGCCAGAGUCUUGGCCCAGAUGAGCAAGGCCUCAUCCACCUCAUUGCUUGCUAAGUUUUCAGAGGACACUCUCAGCAGCUACACAGAGAUGGUAUCUUCUCAGGAAUUGAUACGCUGUAUCUGGAGCCACUUCCUCUGUGUCUUAAAAGGCAAAUCCCCAACCCUGAGCUUCACUUCCAGCUUGCUCCAUAGUCUGGGAUCUGUCACUGUGCUCUGCUGUGUAGACAAGCAGGGGAUUCUUUCCUGGCCAAACCCCAGCCCAGAGACUGUUCUAUUCUUCAGUGGGAAGGUGGAACCACCUCAUGAUAGCCAUGAAGAUCUAACCGAUGAGCUCUCUACACGAUCCUUCUGCCACCCUGAGAUGGAAGAUGAGCCCCACGAAAGAGAUGCUUUGCUCUCAGGCCCCCUGGCAGACACAGUCCACAUGACCAAUGAGCAAGAGAAGAACAACUGGUCUAGUGACCCUCCAAAGGCUCCUGAUGCCCAUGCCCACCGAAAGCCAAACAGCAGAAGCAAGCAUCCCUCUGGCUCCAAUGUGAGUUUUAGCAAGGACACGGAGGGUGGAGAGGAGGAACAUACUCAGGUUGCUGGUGACAGCGAGGUGCUGGCUUGCGAGGCUGAAGACUUUGUGUGUGACUACCACCUUGAGAUGCUUAGCCUAUCCCAGGACCAGCAGAACCCCUCCUGCAUCCAGUUUGAUGACUCCAACUGGCAGAUGCACUUGAAUUCCCUCAAGCCUCUGGGCCUGAACGUGCUGCUCAACCUCUGCAACGCCAGCGUGACAGAGCGUCUGUGCCGCUUCUCUGACCACCUCUGCAACAUUGCCCUCCAGGAGACUCACAAUGCUGUGCUGCCUGUCCACGUGCCCUGGGGCCUCUGUGAGCUUGCCAGGCUAAUAGGUUUCACACCAGGUGCUAAAGAUCUUUUCAAGCAGGAGAACUAUUUGGCCUUGUACCGCUUGCCAAGUGAUGAGAUGGUUAAAGAAACAAUCCUGGGGAAGCUUUCAUCAAUCACCAAGAGGAGACCUCCCCUGAGCCACAUGAUUAACUUGUUUGUGAAGGACACCACUACCAGCACAGAGCAGAUGUUUUCCCAUGGGACAGCUGACAUCAUCCUCGAGGCCUGCACAGACUUUUGGGAUGGUACUGACAUCUACCCCCUCUCUGGCUCUGACAGGAAGAAGGUGUUAGAUUUCUACCAGCGAGCUUGCCUCUCAGGAUACUGUUCUGCCUUUGCAUACAAGCCAAUGCAUUGUGCCUUGUCCUCCCAGCUCAAUGGCAAGUGCAUAGAACUGGUGCAGGUCCCUGGGCAGAGUGCCAUCUUCACAUGCUGUGAUCUCCCUGGGACAACCCCCAUCAAGCAGAGCAGUCGGAGGAAUAGCUGGAGCUCAGAUGAAGGGAUUGGGGAAGUGAUGGAGAAGGAAGACUGUAUCCAGGCUCUGAGUGGACAGAUCUUCAUGGGAAUGGUCUCAUCUCAGUAUCAGGCCCGUCUUGACAUCGUCCGCCUCAUUGAUGGAUUGGUCAAUGCCUGCAUUCGUUUUGUCUACUUCUCCCUGGAAGAUGAGCUCAAAAGCAAGGUGUUUGCUGAGAAGAUGGGUCUUGAGACUGGCUGGAAUUGCCACAUAUCUCUAACACCCAAUGGUGAUGUGCCUGGAUCAGAGAUCCCUCCCUCCAGCCCCAGCCAUGCUGGCUCUCUGCACGAUGACCUACAUCAGGUUUCAAAAGAUGAUGUGGAGGGACUUCUGCUGAUGGAAGAGGAAGGGCACUCGGAUCUCAUCAGCUUUCAGCCAACAGACAGUGACAUCCCCAGCUUCCUGGAGGACUGUAACAGGGCCAAACUCCCACGGGGGAUCCACCAGGUGAGACCUCACCUGCAGAACAUAGACAAUGUGCCUUUGCUGGUGCCCCUCUUCACAGACUGCACCCCAGAGACCAUGUGUGAGAUGAUCAAGAUCAUGCAGGAGUACGGGGAGGUGACCUGCUGUCUGGGGAGCUCUGCCAACCUGCGGAACAGCUGCCUCUUCCUGCAGAGCGACAUCAGUAUAGCACUGGACCCUCUCUACCCAUCUCGCUGCUCCUGGGAGACCUUUGGCUACGCCACCAGCACCACCAUGACUCAUGUCUCUGAAGAGCUCACCCCUCUGCAGCUCUCGGGGCAGCUCAACAGCCUGCCUUGCUCCAUGUCCUUCCGCCAAGAAGAGAGCACCAGCAUCAUCAGGCUCAUAGAGCAGGCCAGGCAUGCAACCUACGGGAUCCGCAAGUGUUUCCUCUUCCUGCUGCAGUGCCAGCUGACCUUGGUUGUCAUUCAGUUCCUCUCCUGCCUGGUGCAGCUGCCCCCCAUCCUCAGUACCACAGACAUCGUGUGGUUGUCCUGUUUCUGCUACCCACUGCUCAGUGUCUCACUCCUGGGCAAGCCUCCCCACAGCUCCAUUAUGACCAUGGCAACAGGAAAAAACUUGACUUCCAUUCCUAAGAAGACUCAGCAUUACUUCCUGUUCUGCUUCCUGCUGAAAUUCAGCCUGACCAUCUGCUCCUGCCUCAUCUGCUUCGGGUUCACUCUGCAUGAGUCCUGCAAAGAGGUGAACACUACCAGCCUCAAUCUCACAGCCUGCUCCUCCAUCAUGCUGCACAGCAAUGCUGCUGGUGCUCCUGACUGGUUUGGGACAUUUUCCAAUGCUCUUCUUGUAGCCCAGAAGCUCACAGCUGGCCUGAUUGUUUUACACACAGUGUUCAUAUCCAUCACCCACGUCCAUCGCACCAAGCCGCUGUGGAAGAAGAGCCCCCUCUCCAACCGGUGGUGGACACUGACUGUGGCUGUUGUGUUGCUGGGGCAAGUGGCACAGACUGUGCUGGACCUGAAACUCUGGGAAAACCUGGAUUCUUCAUUGACCUUCAGUCACAUUUCCAUCUCCCCAGUCUCAUGGCUCCUGGGUUUUCUUUCCUUGAUCCUUGUGGUUAUCAUCAAUGAGAUUGUCAAGCUGCAUGAAAUCAGGGUCCGGGUCCGUUACCAAAAGAGGCAGAAGUUGCAGUUUGAAACAAAGUUGGGCAUGAAUUCUCCAUUUUAAAGACUCCCAGCUCGAGUUCCCUGCAGCCAGGGCCACACAACCACAUCCUGCACUGGGAAGGUGGCUGCACCAAAGGCUCAGGGAUUGUUCCCUCACACAUGCAAACCAGACAGCCUCCUUGCAAAUCUACAUCAGCACCUACCAGGGGGCGCCAGGCAGGGAACUGCUGUCAGGAUCCCCCAGCAGGUAUGCAGCCCCUCCCCAGCCUGCUAAGGUACUCUCAAGGGAGCCUGCAAGCUCUGGUGGCUGUUCAGGCUGCUCUUCCUUUAUUUAUUUAUUACUAGGGUGUUUUUUUUUUUGUUAGUAUCACAGUGGUGAUGCUGAAAUGAAGUGAUUCCUUCCCUCUGCAUGAGCAGAUGGGUUUCCUGAACCUGGCAGGAGAAUCUGGGGCCAGCAGGGGAGACACAGGGCUGCAGAAGCAAGAGAUCUCUUUUGAAACCCCUUUUGUUUUUCCAUCUCUGUGUGCUCUCCUGGAGGAUGUGUGUCUGCAUGCCUGCGUGUGCCCUCAGCCACCUCCCUGUCCCUGUGUCCUGGGGAAAAGGAGCCAUCUCUCUUGCAGCUCGAGGAGUACUGGGUGCCAGGUGAGGACUGGAGCUCACAUUCCCGAAAAAACAAGGGUUUUUCUGGGAAGGGUUUCUGGGACUGGGAAGGUUUCCUGCCAUGGCCAGGCUGUGCCAGGCCUGCCCUCUAGCGUUGUUGCUGUAGCCACAUGCUGGCUGUUGAGUGCUUCGAAAGAAGGAUGAGACAAGGCUUUGAGAAAAGCUGUCUGCCUUUGACCCUAGUGAGCUGGUGCAGGAAGGCAGUCCUGCCUGCCUGCAGGGGCUCAGCUUCCUCUGGCCCUGUUGAACCAGCUCUUACCUGCUUUAUCCACCCCAGAGAGGGUUGUGACUCUGCUCAGAUUUGUGACUUGAAUUGCUGUUCUGCUUCAGUAAAAUGCCUGCUAGAAGGGCCAUAGCUAGAGAGAAAACUUGAGACUUGCCUGUGCUGCCAUGGAGGGAGGGGGACAUCUUUCCAGGCAGGAUAUCUCCGUCUUGCAGUUGUGACUAACAUGGAGCUGGGAAUGGCUCCUUUCCCAGUCUCAGGGUUGUGCUGCAUCUGGUGCUCACUCUCCAAGGCCCAGGGAAACCCCCCUCAUCACAUCUUUCUGUGAUAGUGUUUGGAAGUUUCUCCCCUCUGUGCUGCUGCCCUCACAUCUGUUCCCUGUUCUUCUGGAGGUCUCUUUUGCACUUGACUGGGGGAAACCUUCCCCUGAGGGCUGCUGCAAACCAUGAUGUGCCCCAAGGCAGCACACAGGCUCUUGAGCCUGGAACAGGCUCCAGCUGUACUGGGAACACUGGUGCCCGUGGUGUUGAGGGCCACACAGGAGCACACAGGCUUGGCUACCAGAAUAUUUGCAGCUCAUAGAGAUGUUGACUCCCUUCCUAGUUCUGUCAACUGGCUAAAGCAGGUAAAUCCUGGCACUGUUUUUUCCUCCCAAUAUUAACACUACAAUAUACAGCUGUUGCUUCUCCUUUGGUACCUGAGACUAACCCCUGGCUGCUGGUCUUUCCCUGGCAGGCAGAGAACUGGCUGGGACCCCCCAGCUCUGCCCUGCUGCUCUACCUUGUCUUCCUUACAGGUCAGCAUAACCAGAGCACACACUCUGUGCCUCUGAGCAAUACCCUGCUCCCUGCUGUGGGGCUGGCAGGAGAGCAGAGGGGGGCACAGCCAGCUCCUGAGCUCUGGGGACAGAGGAUGCUGGAGGGGGGGCAGCUGAGGGUGUUCAGAGGCCUGGACCCUGUUCCUACAGCUGGAGAGCCAUGUUUAUGCCAUGCUGCCCCAGGGUGGUAGGGGAGCACAGGGCUGCUCUCCUGUGACACAGCAGUACCUCCCUCCCUGGCUCUGCUCACCUUGACGAGCUGAGCUGGGCUCUGCCCUCAUUCCUCUGGGGCCUGCAGAGCUGCCUGGUGUGGGGAGAACAAACUGCAUCUUUCUCGGUCUCAGUAAAUUCACCAAAUGUCAGCUCCAGAUCUGUUACCUGAGAAACCAGCUUUAUCUUUCUGAUGCCAGGGUCACCCAGCAGGUGGAACAUAGUCUCCUGUGUGGCUGAGCUGGAGUCAGAGGCAGCACCAAGCUGCUCACAGCUAUCCCUGCAGAGCAGCCUUCCCCCUCACCCCCAAAACCUGAGCUCCUGCCCUGUGCCACUAACUGUUGUAGGUAAUAAGAGGUAGCAGAUACCAGGGCUUCCUCUUGGCCACACCUUCCUCCAGAGGAGGCACCUCCAAGGUUUUUCCUCUCUGGGUGGUCACAAAUGUUCAUUUUUCCUUCACCCUCCUUUACCUGCUAGACUUGGAGGGAGCCAAGGGGUAUGAACAGAGCCUUUUGGACAGGGGUAUCCAAGGGUCAGGGUGCACAGCUUCAGGAAGACAUUUCCUACAUCAAGAGGUUUAUAAAUGGUGUAUAUUUUAUAUUAAAUUUUUUGGGAUGUAUGUAAAAAUAUUUGAUUUGUAUUAAAAAGUUGUAAAUUGUAUUAAAAAAAAAACAAACCCUGA